ACCGGAGCGCGGUCGAGCCUUUCUGCGCUCGCGGCGGCGGAAUGGCCCGUGCGCGGCUGGCCGCGUCGCCAGCCUGCGACCCCUAGACGCCGGCAUCCGUCUCCGUGCCGACCCCUGGCGCGGACGCUGCUCUGGACGUCCGUUUUCUCAGCCUGCCCGUUCAGGGUUUUAGACUCUGAGGAGCAGUUGGAGCUAAUCCACACCAUGGAAGUGGAAACCACCGAACCUGAGCCAGACUGUGUAGUGCAGCCUCCUUCUCCUGAUGACUUUUCAUGCCAGAUGAGACUCUCUGAGAAGAUCACUCCAUUGAAGACUUGUUUUAAGAAAAAGCAGGAUCCGAAGAGGCUGGGAACUGGAACCCUGAGGUCUUUGAGGCCAAUAUUAAACACUUUGCUAGAGUCUGGCUCACUUGAUGGAGUUUUUAGGUCUAGAGACCAGAAUGCAGAUGAGAGCAGCUUACAUGAACCUAUGGUGAAAAAACCACUGGAAAUCAAUCCAUCAUGCCCACCAACAGAAAACAGUAUGUCCGUCCUGCUUCCUGAUGGGACAAAUGUCCGGGGCCAAAUACCAGAUGCCCAUCCUUCUGGUCAUGCUCCAGAACAAGUGGUUCCAAUUCAGCAUCACAGCUUUCCCCCAGAAACCAUCAGUGGGACAGUGGCAGAUGCUACAACAGGGCAUUUCCAAACUGACCUUUUGCAUUCGGUUUCAAGUGAUGUUCCUACUAGUCCUGACUGCAUUGACAAAGUCAUGGAUUAUGUUCCAGGGGUUUUCCAAGACAACAGUUUUACAAUCCAGUACAUAUUGGACACCAGUGAUAAACUGAGUACUGAGCUCUUCCAAGACAAAAGUGAGGAAGCUUCCCUUGACCUUGUGUUUGAGCUGGUGAACCAGUUACAGUACCAUACUCAUCAGGAGAGUGGAAUUGAAAUUUGCAUGGACUUUCUGCAAGGCACUUGUAUUUAUGGCAGGGAUUGCUUGAAGCAUCACACUGUCUUGCCAUAUCAUUGGCAGAUCAAGAGGACAACAACUCAAAAGUGGCAGAGUGUAUCCAAUGAUUCUCAGGAGCAGUUGGAAAGAUUUUACUGUAACCCAGAAAAUGACAGAAUGAGGAUGAAAUAUGGAGGACAAGAAUUUUGGGCAGAUUUGAAUGCCAUGAAUGUGUACGAAACAACUGAAUUUGACCAACUACGAAGGCUGUCUACACCACCCUCUAGCAAUGUCAACUCUAUUUACCAUACAGUCUGGAAAUUCUUCUGUAGGGACCACUUUGGUUGGAGAGAAUAUCCUGAGUCUGUUAUUCGAUUGAUUGAAGAAGCCAACUCUCGAGGUCUGAAGGAGGUCCGGUUUAUGAUGUGGAAUAACCAUUACAUCCUCCACAACUCAUUCUUUAGAAGAGAAAUAAAAAGGAGACCCCUCUUCCGCUCCUGUUUUAUACUGCUUCCAUAUUUACAGACACUUGGUGGGGUUCCCACACAGGCUCCUCCGCCUCUAGAAUCGACCUCAUCUUCACAAAUCAUCUGCCCUGAUGGAGUCAGCUCAGCAAACUUUUACCCAGAAACUUGGGUUUAUAUGCAUCCAUCUCAGGACUUCAUCCAAGUGCCUGUGUCUGCAGAGGACAAGAGUUACCGAAUCAUUUACAAUCUUUUUCAUAAGACUGUGCCUGAGUUUAAGUAUAGAAUUUUGCAAAUAUUGAGAGUCCAAAACCAGUUUCUUUGGGAGAAAUAUAAAAGGAAAAAAGAAUACAUGAACAGGAAAAUGUUUGGCCGUGACCGAAUAAUAAAUGAAAGACAUUUGUUUCAUGGAACAUCUCAGGAUGUGGUUGAUGGAAUCUGCAAGCACAACUUUGAUCCCCGAGUCUGUGGAAAGCAUGCUACAAUGUUUGGACAAGGCAGUUACUUUGCAAAGAAGGCAAGCUACUCUCAUAACUUUUCUAAGAAGUCCUCCAAGGGAAUCCAUUUCAUGUUUUUGGCCAAAGUGCUGACCGGCAGAUAUACAAUGGGCAGUCAUGGUAUGAGAAGGCCCCCUCCAGUCAAUCCUGGCAGUGUCACCAGUGACCUAUAUGACUCUUGUGUGGAUAAUUUCUUUGAGCCUCAGAUUUUUGUCAUUUUUAAUGAUGACCAGAGUUACCCUUAUUUUGUUAUCCAAUAUGAAGAAGUCAGUAACACUGUUUCCAUUUGAAAAAUCUUGAUACUGCUAAAUUAUUUGAUAUGAACUCAAUCCAGCAUUUGUAGCAGGUUUUGAGUGGGUGGGACUGGGUGGGGAAC